AUGACAUAGAUAAAGAUAUGAGAGGGGUAGGAGACUUAUAAUUGAAGCAGAGAGCCCUUGACAUGGUUCAGAAAUUAAACCUUGAUUGCGACUCUCUUAUCCAAUUUUGAUUUGACCCACUUUUUUUUUUCCAAAGAAAAAUGUGCUUAUAUUAACUCCAAUAAUGACCAUUCAGCAGUAUUCACUGCUCCCACUUUGGAAUCCAUUUCCAUUGCAACAUUUACUUACCCAUUCCGCACUUGUUUUAACGGCGGCGCUACAAAAAGUAGUUCAACGCAGUAAUGAGGUUCUGGCGGUUCUCUUUUAUCCUUUUUCUUUUGCCUUCCUUUGUUCCGUUUCCGGCUAUUUUGAGAUCCCCUUUGUAAUGUUCUUGGAAUCCAUGUUUUGGGUGGUGCCGAGAUCUGCACUUCUGCGGUUUUUUUGGGCGUAAUAUGAUAAUCUACACUCCCCUAUCUGCUUGGAUCGGUCGCGUUUUUGCAUGCAUGGGAGGUUGUCUUGGAUGCUGUACCAAACCCACACCAAUUAUUGCUGUGGACGAGCCAUCAAAGGGAUUGAGAAUUCAAGGGCGGACAGUGAAGAAACCCAGUAUAUCAGAAGAUUUUUGGAGCACCAGCACAUGCGAGAUAGAUAACAGCACUGUCCAAUCUCAAAGAAGCAUAUCAUCUAUCAGCACCUCAAACCAGUCCCUUACUCACUAUAGUGGCAUUGGUAGCACGAGCAAUAAUUCUGAAUUUAUAAAUCAUGGUCUUCUUCUCUGGAAUCAGACAAGGCUUCAGUGGGUUGGAAAUAAAAGGUCUGAGAAUCAGAGUCAACAAAUUCGGGAGCCCAGAUUAAGAUGGAAUGCAACUUAUGAAGGUUUACUUGGAACCAACAGGCGUUUCUCCCAGCCCAUCCCUCUCUCUGUAAGUCUUCUGUGCUGUAAGGUGGUCUUAAAUCAAUCUCCCAGUAACCCCCACCGUGGCUAACUGCUUCGAUCUUUGACUGACAGGAAAUGAUAGAUUUUCUGGUGGACGUAUGGGAGCAGGAGGGGAUGUAUGAUUGACAAAGGGAAUUCCAGGAAAUGUUUUGGUUUCUUCAUAUAUCAGGAACCCCCGUCUUUAUAAAUUGUAACUUUAUAAAAAGCUUUGAUAUAUCGCUGAAGAGAGAAAAAGGUUGAAAAAAAUCAAGGGAUUCUUUGUCGGUUAUCAUUUCAAAUGUUAAUAUCCAUCCAAUCUUUUUCUCUCUCGCGUACUCAUGCCUGUUGAAUAUUGCCUACUGGACUCAAUGGUAUCAGCCACUUAAUAUGCA